AAAAAACUGAAGACGCAAUUCAAUCCACACAGAUCCUUCCUUCAAGAAUAAAUAUCCUCUUCUGACUGAAACAGAGAGAGAACACAAAAGCUAUAGUUAUAUCCACAUCGAUCAUUGAUUGCAGCUAAAGGAAACCUGCAUUAAAUCUCAAUCCACUCCAGGGUUUGUCACCAAUGACGACUUCUGUCUGCCCUUUCUCCAAAGCUGCUCGUCCCGACAAUGCUUCUGCUCCAAAACAAGCCGACAUGACACCUCCCGCUUGCCCUUUCUCUAAAGCUACUCGUCCCGACGAUGCAAAACAAGGCGAUACGACACCUUCCGCUUGCCCUUUCUCUAAAGCUAAUGCCUUUGCUCCAAAAAAAAGCGAGAUCGCGAGCGAAGGAUGUCCUGAAAACGAAGGAAAAUUAAAUAAGGAAGACUCUGCAACAGUGCCUGCCAAGUGCCCGUUUGGUUAUGAUUCCCAAACCUUCAAGCUUGGACCUUUUAGCUGUAUGCUAUGUCAAUCACUUCUAUUUGAUAGCAGUAGAUGUGUGCCUUGUACUCACGUCUUCUGCAAAGUGUGCUUAGCACGGUUUAAGGACUGUCCUCUAUGCGGUGCUGACAUUGAGAGUGUUGAAGCUGAUGAAAACCUUCAGAAGAUGGUUGAUCAGUUUAUUGAAGGCCAUGCCAGAAUCAAGAGGUCUCUUGUGAAUAGCACAGAUAAAGAAGAGGUCGAGGAUGAUAACAAAAAGGUGAUUUACGCCGAUGUUUCCAUGGAAAGAGGUUCUUUCUUGGUUCAACAAGCUAUGAGGGCAUUUCAAGCUCAGAAUUAUGAAAGUGCUAAAUCAAGGUUGGCAAUGUGUACCGAGGACAUUCGAGAUCAACUAGGGAGGGAAGGCAACACACCAGAGCUGUGUUCACAGCUUGGUGCAGUCCUUGGUAUGCUUGGUGACUGCAGCCGAGCAAUGGGAGACUCAAGUUCUGCAGUUAAUCAUUUCGAAGAGAGUAUUGAAUUCCUUAUGAAACUGCCCUUAGAUGAUUUGGAGAUUACACAUACGCUUUCGGUCUCACUCAAUAAAAUAGGAGAUCUUAAAUAUUAUGACGAAGAUCUACAAGCUGCAAGGUCAUAUUACAUCCGUGCUUUAGAUGUUAGACGUGAUGCAAUGAAGCAUCACCCAAAUGCUCCUUCACAAAUUCUGGAUGUGGCAGUUUCCUUAGCCAAAGUUGCAGAUAUAGACAGGACUCUAACAAAUGAAGAUGCAGCCAUAGAUGGUUUCAGGGAAGGCAUGAAACUACUGGAAUCUUUGAAACUUGACUCUGAAGAUUCUCCUCUCGAGCAACGACGUCUCUCUGUGCUGGAGUUUCUGAAGAAGCAAGUAGAGAAGCCUGAACAGUCUGCAGAAACUGCACUCUAAACUGAUGCAGGCUUACUUAAGUAUAUAUAUAUAUAGUUUGUAUACCUAAUCACUCCUCUGUCGUAUUUUGUCUGAAAUAAAGAAACCAGAAGGCAACAAUGUUGUGUUUGUGGUUAAGGAUUCAACAAAACAGAGUGCUCUGUUUCUUGUGAUGAUUUCAAAAACGUAUACUGUGAACUUAUGAAGCAGGCAUGACGAUUUGUAAACAGUUUGGUUGUAACUGGUAAUCGGUUUUAAAAAUAUUAUAAAUGAAUUGAACUUAA